AUGACCAACUCAGGCUCGUAUAUGAAUCGAGGCGGCUUUCGAGAGGCCUUGGACCGCGCAAGAGAAAGCGAAGAUGGACAAAUCGACGCAGCUACAAGUGAAAUACUCGAAAAUGCUCUCAAGGAGGUUUGGCGGAAGUUAGAGAGGGAUCGCGAUCACUACAUAUUUACUCGUGAUGAAUUUGCCCUCUUCAACUUUUUCCGUGAUCGAUACCGGGGGAACCCUAUCGCACAGAACGCCGUGGCACGUUAUUGGGAUAACCUCCAACAGCGUGAAACGUCGAACUCUGAUGGGUCGAGGAAAUAG